UAGUCCGUUCAAACUGUUCAAAGUCAUUCCAGCCUUUGUGUACAAACAUCCACAACGCCGCCUCAAAGAACAUAAACAGUUUAAAUUUAGAAUCUGAUUGCAAUAGACGUUAACACAUUAACACAGUUUUUUUUUAAUAAACUCAAUUUACUCGCUAUAAUGUCACUGCUAUUUUCAAAUUUGUUGUCAAUUUUGUAGUGCAUAAUUUAGUUUUGAACUGUGUUUUUAUUGCUGUGUUUUUGUGUUGUGAAAUGGACGAAUUGGUCGGUGCUUGGGAUUUUGCGUAUUCAGCCGCAAGAAACAUUUUGAUUCGAUCUUGGGAUAUACCAGGCGGUUGGCUGAACAGCGUCCGAAAAUCCAUAUUUAUUUACGUUCAAUAAGAAGACAAUCAUGCUUAGCUUACUGCGGAAUUUUAAUAUGGAGCAACCGGUCCUCUACAUAAAUUGGUUUCCUUCUUCACCAGAGGGCGAGUCGACAGAUGGCUCGAAAGUCGAGUAUAAUCCUUGGCCUUCGUAUAAUUUCUCGGGGAAGUUGAGGCCGUACCCGCCGGGGCCGAAGCGAACGGUACCGCCGCAUAUAGGUCGCCCAGAUUACGCUGACCACCCGACCGGAUUCCCCGCGUCUGAAAACGCUGCCAAAGGCUCUGGACAAAUUAAAGUGCUAGACGAUGAGGAGAUCGAGGGUAUGCGCGUCGCUUGCCGCUUGGGAAGAGAAGUGUUGGAUGAAGCUGCAAAAGCUUGUGCAGUUGGUGUGACAACCGAUGAGAUUGACCGUGUCGUCCAUGAGGCCUGCAUUGAGAGAGAAUGCUAUCCAAGCCCACUCAACUAUCACAACUUCCCUAACAGUUGCUGUACUUCUGUUAACGAGGUUAUCUGCCAUGGGAUACCAGAUACCCGUCCGUUGGAGGAUGGCGACGUCUGCAAUGUCGAUGUAACUGUCUACCACCGAGGUUUCCACGGAGACCUCAACGAGUCCUUCUUCGUAGGCAAUGUACCUGAAUCAACUCGGAAACUGGUCCAGGUGACCUAUGAGUGCCUGAUGAAGGCCAUAGACAUUGUGAAGCCCGGUGAGAAGUACCGUGAGAUCGGGAAUGUUAUACAGAAGCAUGCACAGGCCAAUGGGUUCAGCGUAGUUAGGAGUUACUGCGGACAUGGAAUACAUAGGCUGUUCCAUACUGCUCCUAAUGUUCCACAUUAUGCCAAAAACAAAGCGGUAGGCGUGAUGAAGCCGGGGCACUGCUUCACGAUCGAGCCGAUGAUCAACGAGGGCAGCUGGCGCGACGAGCAGUGGCCGGACCACUGGACCGCCGUCACCGCCGACGGCUCGCGCUCGGCGCAGUUUGAACAAACGCUACUAGUAACGGAGAGCGGCUGCGACAUCCUCACGGCGCGCGGCGCCGGCCGGCCCUGGUUCAUGGACCAACUGGAGAAACUCAACGCCAACUCUUAGUCUAUAUACAAGCCAACAGUUCUCAAAGUCAGUAUGUCAGUACAUUUUGGACCGUAAUAACAUGCACGUAAGGUGCGUUUCAGUUUACAAUACAAUCGAGCGAAGCAUCACUUGCCGCAAAACUAAGUGGUGAGUCAAGUCAUAAUGCCAUCUCUUUCACUCUUGGUUGGUCUUAACAAGGGUAAAGGAGAUAGCAUUCUGAUCUCAGCCGCCAGUUAGUUUAGUAUUGUAUUUAAUAUUACAUUCUAUUUUGGACCGUAAUACCAUGUACUUAUAGCACAAAAUAUUAGUGGGGGCCUACAGAAACAUCAGGGGAUAUUUUUUAUUACUAUUCUAAUAGUCUUCUAGAAAAAUGUUUCUUAUACUUAAUAUUGCUAUUAGACACAAAAUAGUUUAAAUUUAUUUUAUAGAAACUAAUUAAAAGAACAAAGCGGAAUUUAUACUCAAAUCUUAGGACUCAGAUGAAUUUAAAACAUGUUGUUACUAUACGAUAUUUUUUCUUUGCUAGUUUGAGGUGAAUCCUAAUACCACAAUAAUAGUAGAUUGUUAACCAAGGGAUGAAAGGCACCCUGGAGACUGAAAUGGUGCCUUUUACCCAAGUUAAACACUGCUUUUCAUUUCGAAUACGAGGAAAGUAAAAUACAUGUUGCAUUUAAAAAACACUGCUAAAUAUAAACUUAAGUAGUAUUUCUUGAGGGUACUUGAGUUAAAAUAUGGUUAUUUAUGGAAUGAGGAGUUAAUUAUCGGAACGGAAAUCGUACAACAAAUCCAUUUAAAACCAAAAUUUUAACUGCUUAUCGUAAUAAAAAGAGAAAAAUGUACUUGGAAAGUACAGUGCUCUAGAGCAGAAACGUAUCGGACCUGCACACUUUUUGGAACAUAAAUGACCCACUUUCAGAGCAUGGGAAAUAGUUUUUUAGGGUUCCGUACCCAAAGGGUCAAACGGGACCCUAUUACUGAGACUUCGCUGUCCGCCCGUCUGUCACCAGGCUGUGUCUCAUGAACCGUGAUAGCUAGACAGUUGAAAUUUUCACAGAUGAUGUAUUUUUGUUGCCGCUAUAACAACAAAUACUAAAAACCGAAUAAAAUAAAUAUUUAAAGGGAGCUCCCAUACAACAAACAUAAUUUUUUGCCGUUUUUUAUAAAUACUGGCACGGAACCCUUCGUGCGCGAGUCCGACUCGCACUUGGCCAGUUUUUUUAAACAAAUUUAUAGUUUAAUCCCUAUUAAUUAAAAUCAAGCAUUUAAGAGACAUCUGACUUUUAGAACUUGAUUGUCAAGUAUUUUAAAUCGAGCAAUAUCACGUACAAUCUUGACCUUAAGUCUUCUGAUUUAUGACAUAAAAAUAAAUGUAUAAUUUUGAAGUUUUUUUUGGAGUUCCGAAAUUAUAAUGUACACAGUUUUCAUACUAGGUAGAUUGUAUAAUAUUUGUUACCUAAACAUUUUUAUUUAAAUAGAUUUUGGUUUACAAAACCGUGCAAUGUAUUAUAGUCUGGCUAAACUAACUUUGCACUGAAUAGGGGGUAUCACUGCAAUGUUCUGCCGCCAGAGGGCAGCACUAGCACAUAUUUUUAACCAUAGAGUAACUUAUACUUACAAACCGCAACUGUCCAUCUGUGGACCUUAUGCCUUUUGUAAUGUGGUCCACCUAUGGACAGUUAACAGCGUGGGUGAUGGUAGUCAAGGUAUUAAAUAUCAACACCAACAGAGUGCCAAAAAUAUGUAUACACGACCUUAUUACCUAUACAUUAAGGUCAUGUGUACAUAUUUUUGGCACUUUUUCCGGGUCUAUAUUUAAUACCUUGACUGUACUAUGCUUAAAUCAGUUUUUUGACAAGGUUCAAUGACAUUGAUGCCUCAAGGCGGUUUGUUUACAGAGAGCCCAUUGCGAAACCGCUAAAAUGAAAAUUUCGUUAUCUGCUUCUCUAUCGCUCGAAUGUUCAAGAGUGACAGAGAAGCAGAUAAUGUAAUUUCGUUUUCGUGUUCCGCGGUAGGUCCUCAGUAUGUGCUAGUGGCGCUCUCUACGCAGAGUUUGGGUAGUAUUCCCUAGUGGAGUUUCAUUCUAAACGUCAUAUUUUCAUAGACAUUUGACAUUAAUGAUGACAUUGCCACACUUUGUCAUUAUGCUAUGCAGAGUUAGCGUGGUCCCACUGCACUGGAGUUAAUAGUACUAAAGAUCGUUUUUUUAGAAUUAGAAAGAAGGUAACCGAUCUUGACGUGUUAUAAAAAAAACGCUUUUGUAAAAUAAGUCAGCAAAUAUGUAACAGUUAUAAAUAGGGCCCGUACUUUUCAUGCCGUUGACGCAAAAAUGACGUAAUUUAACAUACAGGGAGUUACUACAAAUUUAGAUAACUUACUUAUUGAUGGGUAUCAUAAUAAAUACUUGUUACGUGAAUAAAAACUUGUUACGCUGUUAAAAACAAAGAUAUGUAUUAUUUCAUAAAUUAAUAAUCUAUUAUUUAUUUGUGUGUCAAUAAAAUUAAAGUCAGUUAGACGUUUCUAUACUGAUUGUCAAGUAUAUGUAUCAGUUACCUAAAGAGGUUGACAAAUGAUUAAUUAUUACGAAAAUACUAAUUGGAAUCACUCUAUGUAGCGUGACGUCAUUUUUCAGUCAACGGCAUGAAAUGUACGGGCUCUGGUUUUAAAUCAUAAGGCGGGUCCACACACUCCAAACAGAGCGAACAUACGGGCGAGGCAAUUUCCUCGCGUACAAAACGGCCAGUGUAGACGUGCCUAGUGACGCCAUCUUGCCGUGCAAAUUGGCUCGGGUGAGGCAAACGUACUGAGGCAAAAGUUGCAUGAGCACGCGGCCACGCGAGGCCGGGCGUUUGCCGCGCGAGGAAAUUUCCUUGCGAGGCAAUUUCCUUGCGAGGCUGCUCGCUCGUGGUGGACCCGCCUAUACACGAAUAUUUUGCUUUCAUAAUAAUAAUAUUAACUAAAAUUUUCAAUAAAAAGAUACGUCAAGAUGUUUAUAUUUUUUCUUAUGCUAAAAAACGAAGUACCUAAAAUAGUUUUUUACUAUUAUAAAUAUUUCUUUACAUUUUAUAUCAAAUAAAACCAAGCGCCUUGAAAAGGCUCAAAAUAAACAUUAUAGAAUAAAAUUAGUAUUUACACAACUUAUGCCUUUUCUUAUUUUUCUAAUGCUGAGUUGGUUUAUGAUUAUAUUUAAAAUUACUCUUUGUUUAGUCUACCGUGUAUACCGCACGGCGCUCGCACACAGGAGCUCAUCCUCAUCCUAUGAAAAGUGCAUAGAGUCAAACCAAGAUAAGUUGGCAGCGAUUUUGAUAGUCCAGACGGUGUAAGGAGUGUAAGGGUUAUUUUGAACGUCACGCUUCUAUGAAAUUAUGACGUUUAAUUGACACUUUCACCGUUUGGGCUAUCAAAAUCGCUGCCAACUUAUCUUGGUUUCACUCUACCUACUUUAUCCUUUCGAAUGGAACGCGGAUCCACGUAGGUAUUGAAGUCUAAUUAAGGUGACGCAUCGUUAACACAUUGACUACCGGGAACCUGCUCGGCGGGUUUUCUAUUCGUAGUCGCUUUCCUCUACAAAGUGGGAAAACACUGGGAUCGGCUACGAUUAGCGAAAGUGAUAAAAUCUAAAAAUGCGGCGCUUGCUUGCGUCCCGAAACCCGCGCUCAUCCUGAUACUUCGCGCUUAGUGUACUUGCUUUUGCGCUAGCUUAUUCUAUGAGGUCGUAUGCGGAAAAACUGGUUUCACUGUUUAAAUUAAUAAAACAAGAAUUAAUCGAAAAGACACAAAUACAGAAUUAAAGCGUUUAGACUAAUCUACAUGGAAAAUUUAGAGGCUUGAAUCGGUCUCAUUUGCCUAUACAAUUAAAAAUGUUCGUAUAAAAGAAGCAUCUUUGAUACGAUUUUCUCUGCUAUACAAGUUAACCAAUCGUGUAACGGCUACAACAGAAAUGAAGUCGAUGCCAUGAAUAACCAGUUAGCAAAUAAUAAUUUUAUGAGAUUUGUAAUUGCUGAGAUAAAUCGAGAUACCUGACGCCAAAAUAUACAAAUGCGUCGUCUUAAUUAGAAUUAAAUACUUACCGCGUAGAUCCAUGUUCCAUUCGAGAGCUUAAGAAUAGAAUUCAUUCAUUAAGUGGGUAUGCACUGCUGCAGCUAGCUGCUUCUGCAAUAAUAUGUGGCUUUUUCUUAGAGAAGGGUCCCUAUGCCUUCAAGUGCAAUAAGGACCAUUAUACCAAAAAAUCUGUUGGAAUUUCAGAUAUAAUGGUCCUUAUUACACUUGAAGCAUAAAGAACCUUCCGGAGCUUGCUGAUGGGGACUUAAAUAUAAAAAUAUAAGAAGAUACCGAAAUUUCCCUUAGGUUAGCAUCUCUGUAUACAAAUAUGUAUGUAGGGUGCUAAGCUAAUAGUUCUGCUAACUAUACAAGUAAGCUGCAAAGAUAAUCCCUGAAAGGAUAUAUAUAUCCCCUGAAAGGAGGAAUAGUUGACCCCCCUGCGUAUAAAUUUGUUUGCAGGGGGUCAACUAUGCAGCCGACUGCAUUGUACGUAAUUUCAUACUUUUCAAAUAUUUCCAAUGUCUCAUCAGUAAGCCUUAGGUGAACAAAUCCUCUAUUUUUGUAUAAAUCAUUUGAUCAGUAUUACCUUAUUCUUGGUAUUUUAAUUUUAUUAAACAGCUAAAGUGGAUGGUGUUCUUCGGCGCUAUCCCUAUAUGAUGGAUCCUUUCGACGCAUAGUACCAAAUUCGCAAUGUGCUAACAUACUCAUAUGUCCAAUUCCGCAAAACCCCAAUUUCGUAAAGUACCAAGUUUGUAAAGUGAUCAACUCGCAAAACACCAACUACGUUAGUUUCCAAAUCUGUAAUUCGCAUAGUACCAACUUUGCUAGUUACCAAAGCUGUAACACGCGGAGUAGAAACUUCGCUAGUGACACUUUGUGAUCGUCAAAAAUAUCGUUACUCCCGGUAGUGUACAAUCCAAAUGGGUCAGUAUGGUGAAGUCGGAAACUAUGAGACAUAGCAAGAUCUGUUCUUAGGAACCAUGACGUCGAUUUUAGCAACAAUUUAUUUUUUUCCUGUCGACGUUGGAUUGUAAUUACCCCACCCCAGAGUAGGAUGAAUAAUAUACCUACUCAUAUAUCAGAUCUAUACAUAUUCUUUCAAACUAUCCUCUACCUCUACCGCAACAUAUGUGGCACUAUGCGUAUUGGCACUAAGCGUAUUUGGUAUUGUGAGAACUUGGUGCUUUGCGUGUAUAAAAAUAAUACUCCGCGAAACGCCAAAUGGCACAUUGCGAAUUUGGCACUACGCGUAUUGGCACUAAGCGUAUUUGGUAUUGUGAGAAUUUGGUGCUUUGCGUGUUUAAAAAUAACAUUCCGCGAAACGCCAAAUGGCACAUUGCGAAUUUGGUACUAUGCGUCGAAAGAUGAUGGAUUAAUUAUGAAAUGUCAACUUUUAAGGUUAACAUAGACCGUUUUAUGUACAGUCCCGGACUUUGAGUCAUUUAGGGUUUCCCUUAUAUUGGAGAUGUCAUACCGUUAUUGACAACCAAAUUAUCUUGAACUGUAAAUGGGUUAAUUCAAGUCUCUUACCGUACACGUCUGAAAAUAUCGAUACGGACAAAGUGCCAAAAAAAAGUUUGGCACUUCGAUGGUGUCGAUGUUUACAGACGUGACUGUACAGAGCUACGUCAGCUGUCAAAUUUAAUGCAAGAUUUUUUUCAUAGAGUUUACAUCUUUGCCACAAACAACUUUUUGUAUGCUCGACCAAACUGACGUCGAACAUUUUUAUGAAUACCUCUGAAUUGGAAACCAUAUUGGUGAACCACAAUGUAUAAUGUUGUAUUUACCUACCUUAGGCGGUUAUUGCUGUGCACUUCGGAGCGACGUCCGGUGCUGUGAUUUUUAACUUUGUACUGUAGAAUCCUGAUUUGUAUGCAAAUUGUAAGGUUAAUACACUGGCUCCGCCUCUCCGAGCGCAACGAUUCUCGGUAUACGGGUUGUUUACGAUUUGUUGCUUGGCGUUGAUGACACCAUUACUUCAUUGACGUAAAAGGUUAAAGUCUAAAGUGUAAGGCCUGAGUGGACGCUCGACGCGGAGCGUUCAGCGGGGCGUGCAGCGUGGCGUCGGGCUUACAAGUGCUGUGAGCAGCGUGCACUGCGGCCGCUCCUAUACGUUUGCAUUUGUUUACCCCGCCCCGCUGCACGCCCAACUCGAGCGUCCACUCAGGCCUUACACUUACAAGUCCUUGAUAUUCGUUGGAGCCUAUCUGUAAUUUUCACAUCUCUGUUUGUUAGAGAGAGACACAUUUGGUAGAGGUAGCUAAGUUGUAUGACUAUACUCGAUAUCGUAAUUCAAGACCAAAAAAACUGCGCCAAUGUUGCCACUGCAAUAAAAUGUUUGUACAAUAGUGUAUUCCUUUUUUACAAACAAUAACGCUGAGAUAAUUUAUUUAUUGGUAAUUUUAAUUGUAUGAUGGAAAACGUAAUUGUAUUUCCUUAUUUUUUACAAUACAAGAAGUGCUAAUAAAAACUUAAACAGCCGUGAUUUUUGGUUGCAAAGCUGGUAAUUUUAUUAAUUAAAAUACAAUCUAAAUUCCAACAUCUGAAAAAUUACAUAUGCCACUUGUCACAAGUGUUGCCCAAUAUAAAGAAGCAUAUUAGAAAGAGGUUGGCGAAACCUGAAAUGUGUCCUUGACAGUAACAUAAGUCACAUUGACAGUUUUGACAGUGACGUAUCUAUCGUAGUUUUUCAAGGGGUUUUCAAAAUUAACCACGUCAAAUAUUAUUAGCAGACAGGAAUCCGUGGGGCAAAAUUCUUUGACAACGAGUUCCUGUAUCGAUAAACUCUACUAUCGAUGCUAGUUUUAUAUACUAGUGUUCACUCAAGGGUUUGCUUGUAAAAAGUAUGUUGUUAUUAAGAGUAAAAAAAUAAUUAAAUAAUAACUCAAUGUACUCUUCUUCGUUUUUAAGACAAGACAAGAUAAUUUUAUAAUUUUACUCCCUUAAUUUUAGACGCUUAAUACCCGAAAAUAUGGAACAAAUUCUGGUCGAUUACUUUAACAAUAGUAAAUGGGACAUUCACGAAGAAAAAAAUUGGAAUAAGUAAAAUUAUAAAAUUGUCUUGUCUUGUCUGAUUAUUAGGCUACACCUUGGUUUCAUUUGUUCCCCUGUGCGUUUGGUCAAAAGAGGAUAAGGCACAACUCGAUCUGUGAGUGUGGACUGGACGAGGGUACAACAACUCAUAUUUUAUUGGAGUGUCCUAAAAUACGUUAUCCUAUAUAUGAUUUUCUUCCUCGUGAGAUUAGCCGUCCAGUAAAUAUUAACUUUUUACUUACUAACAUGGUUUUCACCCCGUUUUGUGGUAGUUUGAAUAAAUUCCUUGCUAAAAAUAAUCUUAAAAUGAAGUACGUAUCAUAUUAUUGUACAAUAAGUUCCUAGAUUUAGUACUAAACUGUAGCUUGUUCUGUACACAGUGUUCAUAUUGUUUAAUAGUUGUACCUAUUUAGUCUGUUAGUGGUAAUUUGUAUUUCUUUGCAGAUUGAUCGGAUGCUCCACCGAACACUUCUAUGACCGUAAUAUGAUAAGAUUCAUAUACUAGCCGUGUCUUAGCCAACCUCGACAUCGGCAGAAUCAUCAACACCUUGAUGGAGCCAUACCACGAAAAAAAUGAUUUAUUGGUCUUGAAUUACGGUUUCGAGUAUGAGGGGUUUUGGGUUUAAACCCCAAAUGGCUUAGCAAUUAAUGACCAUCAUCCUACAAAAUAUCACUCAUAAAUUGAAUUGAAUGACCACGACCUUGUGAAAUAGUUUUGUAACAAAUUGUUAGGAAUCUUAUUUUAUUUACUGUCAAGUUUAUUUACUUUUAUAAAACUGAAAUAGUGUCAAUAAAUAAAAUGUAAUAAAA